AUGGGGCCAGCAUUGGUUGCUCUAGCUCCCAUUCUCUUAGCAAUAGCAUGCAUGUCGCUAUCACUUAUUCGUCUUCAUGGCAUCGCUAAUCAUCCUACAAGGCAUGAUGAGUACGGAGGCCCCAACAACGACGGCGGCAAUCUGAAGCCAGCACUCAUCUUGUUCUACAGCCUGGUGCUCGCCCAAGGUGUGCUGUUCCUCCUGUGGUUCCCGGUUGCCAUGAAUCGCCUGGACAUUGCUAAACCUUUGGGCUCCAAGUACUUGGCAAACGAGCUUCUUCGAAGAAAGAAAAACUUGGAAAACCACAGUUGUUCAUCAAGAAAUAACUAUAAAGAUCAGGUGAACGAGGAGGAGGAGAUGGAAUUGGUUGACAGAUAUGUUACCAGCAUAGCGGAGACGUGCAUCGAGAAAGAUCUGUGCCUCCGAGAAGCUGGUCUGCAGGCUUGUUCGGAUGCUACGCUCCUCACCUCAGAGAAUCUGCUUGUUUCUAGUAUUCCUCAACCUCAACGAAUAGAAACUAUUGUCAAACAAACCAAGAACGACCUUGGUGCAGAUAUCAAGGCACACAUCGCAGAGAUUGUCGCGAAGCUUGCCUGCAAGCUGCGCCUAGCAGACAUACCUGGCGCAGCGCACUGCAUAUCAUCCCUAAUUGAUUAUUCACAUCCCAUUUCCAUGAAGGUGAGAAAUCAGGCAGGCCGCAGCGACGACGAUCGAGGAGGUGUAAAUUAUCAGCUGAGAACCACUGACGACAUCGAGAGCGAGAUGAGCCGGGACCGGGAAGAAGAAACCAGAAAGCCCCUUUUUCUUCAUGGACUUGUGAUUCUUCGCGAGCUUGCUGCGGACCUGGAGAACUGCAGAGAGAUGUACAACACCAUGGAUCUUGUGCCUAAGAUUAUAGCGCCAAUUAGUAGUGGACUACUUAUGGCCAUCAAGAAUGAUGAGACAACGGUUGAGAUUGUCAGGGAAUCCUUACGUGUGAUGUCCAAGCUUACCAGAGGGACAGGUGAGAGCAGUAGGAAAUUAUGCCAUGAAUUAACAACAAAAUAUGGCAGCAGAACAGCUGAAAACAUACUUUGGAUCUUGAGCAACAGUAGCGACCAAGACAUGAGAAUGCUAGCUGUUGAAAUCCUCUCGAGGCUAAAUUUGGAUCAACCAAUAAUGCUCAGGUUUACUGACGACCUGCAAUGCCUACUCUUUGAUCCUCAGGACAUCCCACUAAGGAUUAAGGCAGGGAAGGCACUGAUUGCCUGUGGACACGAAUUUCCAGACAUUCAGCAGCUGGUCACAAUCAUAAGUGCUGAUGAAUACAGUAAGGAGUACAGGGUGGUGACUGCAGAAAUUUUGGCACAAAUGUGUGCCAGGUCCCGAGCAGAUCAUGAUAGGAUCAAUCGCCUCAUCUCAGACUUCUCAGUAGCCAAUACACUGUCUACGGUGCUUAAAGCGAUAGUGACUGAAACUACAAACAUUACCGAGCUCGACAAGAGUAACCGCAACUUUCUCGCGUCGUUCUUAGGCCUCGCAGUGCAGAUACGUGAGAAGCUUGCGACCGCAGAGGCUUUUGCCGUUGCGAUCACAGGACUUCAAAUGGGGAACAAUAUUAUUUUUGCAGAGACGCUGAAGAGGAUCAUCGAGAUGACGAACCACAGUUUGAGCGACAAUGAAGCUCGCCUGGCGAUCAUGAAGUCCGAGACUAAGCUUGUUGCGUGGAUGACGGAAAUCGACACCAUCAGCCCUGGUUAUUACAUAGACUACUUACGGCGGGAGAACAUUGUUCAGAAACUGGACGCCGCCGUGAAGGACAUGGCUCACCUCGAAAGGUACAUGGUUAUGACCGGCGGUGCUGACGAGAAAGAAGGUUAUGUGAUGCUUCAGACGCUUGUGGAAACAACCAAGAACAAGUUGGUUCCAUAGCAGCAGCAGAGUUAGCAUGCAAACCAAACCUAUGGGUGUGCCAGCGCGGAAGUUCAGGUCUUGUCAUGUACUCAUGUCGUUGUUCUGCUCUGUGUUUAUCUUCAGAUCAAUGUAUUGAAUAACUUUAUCAAGAAACCUUGUGGUUU